AUGGCUUGGCGGUCGGCCGAGGCUGCGUGCGGCUGUCCGGUGCGGCAGUGCAUCCUCAGCGUGUCCGCUCGUCAGGUUCGUCCCUCGUCCCCUCGCGCUCUCGCUCUCUCGCCUACUCGUCCACUCGCCCACUCUCCCGCUCCCUCAUUCUCUCCCACUCUAAUCUGCUCCUCUCGUGUAUCGCGUCUCGCCACCCGCUCGCCUCUCAGCGCCGAUCGAAGCGCCCACUCAUCCCUUCCCCUUCCCCCCGCGUUCUCGCGUUGCAGGAGAUUGCCACGUGCCGGAUCCCCAUUGCUGCGUGCGCCCUCUUCACAACGCGGCGGCGGCAGCAGCAGAAGCAGCAGGCGGCAGGCAGGAAAGGCGCGAGCGAGGGGGGAGGCGGAGGGGAGGGGGAGAUACGAGCGGGCGGGGUAUGCGAGCUACGGGGAGUGGGACCCGCGCGCGGGGACAGGCACGGAGGGGGAGGCGGAAGAUGGGGAGGGAGAAGGGGAGGGCGAGAUGAGCGCGGGAAUGGGGGCGGGGGAGGUCGAUGACAGGGGUUGGCGGACGGCGGAGGAGGUUCGGCGGGAGGUGGAGGCGCGGAGGCGCGCGGAGGCGGAGGCGGAGGCAGUGCGCGCAGCAGUGGAGGAGUAUAGAGACGCGGAGGAGUUCCUUAUAACGGAUAUAAAAGAAUCCGCGAAUCCAAACUACCUCGCGUCGCACCAGUCGUACCCCUCCCCCUUCAUCUACAUCCGCCCCGUCUGCUCGCGCCCCAACGAGGGCGAGCGCUUCCCCCGCGCGCGCAACCUGCUCGUGGGCGAGGCGAACGCGCUGGAGCGCGUGCGCGCACACAUGGCGCGCGCGGAGGGGCGCGAGUACGUGCCUGCGGGCAUGAGGGGUGGCGGAGAGGGAAGCGGGGGCGAGGACGAGGAGGAUGAGUGGGGGAAGGGGGACGAAACGGAGGAGGAGCAAGAGGGAGAGGAGGGAGAGGAGGGAGAGGAGGGAGAGGACGAGGACGCGGGGGAGGGGGGGUUGGCGCGCAGCGGGGGGGGCGGGCGGUUUUGGGAGGAGGAGGAGGACGAGGCGUGGGAGGCGGAGAGCGCGGCGCUGAGGGGGCUGAGCGGGUGGGCGCGCAUGCGAGCGGCGUGGGCGUUGGAGGACCGCGAGAGAGAGGCUGCUGCUGCUGCAGGGGGGAAGCAGCUGGGCGCUGACGGGCAGGGGUUGGCGCAGGAGAAGGGGGCUGCGGGGGGGGUGGGCGCGUGGGCGCGGGGGGAGGCGUUUGUGGGGGAGGUGGGGCCUCUGGAGGUGGUGGGGGAGGAGGAGGUGUGGUGGAACUGGCAGAAGAACGAAGGCGAGCAGCAGAUCUGGACCGCCUGGCAGAAGGAGGCCGCCACCACCGAUGCGACCAUGUCGCUGGCAGCAGCAGCAGCAGAUGACCAGGUCGUCUCCCUGCCCCUCUCUCUCUCUCCCCACCCUCUUCUCUCCCUCCCAUCCCGCACCCCCCUCUUCCCCCCACUCACCUGCCCCUCCACCCUGCAGGCGAUGGCACUGGCAGCAGCGGAGGCGGGGCACAUCAGGGCCAUGGCGCUAGCAGCAGCGGAGGCGGGGCACAUCAGGCUGCAUGGCGACAAGCCCACCACGGCAGAGGCUGUGCUGGCUAGGGUGCGCCGCAAGCCACUUGCAGAUGAGAGACUGGCAAAGGAGGAGGAGCUGCGGCAUCGCCUGGGCGGCCUGGCGUACUGCCAGGAGUGGGUGGCGGCAUGGCCGCAUGACACCCCUCUACUGGCAAAGGAGGAGGAGCUGCGGCAGCGACUGGGCGACCUGGCGUACUGCCAGGAGUGGGUGGCGGCAUGGCCGCAUGACACCCCUCUACUGGCAAAGGAGGAGGAGCUGCGGCAGCGACUGGGCGACCUGGCGUACUGCCAGGAGUGGGUGGCGGCAUGGCCUCAUGACACCCCUCUGUGCGCCCACACCCACCUGUGCACUCCCCCUCUCCCUCUGUGCGCCCACACCCACCUGUGCACUCCCCCUCUCCCUCUGUGCGCCCACACCCACCUGUGCACUCCCCCUCUCCCUCUGUGCGCCCACACCCACCUACUGGCAAAAGAGGAGGAGCUGCGGCAUCGCCUGGGCGAUUUGGCGUACUACCAGGAGUGGGUGGCGGCAUGGCCUCAUGACACGUCGCUCAAGGCGGUGCGGCGCGUGGCGAGGGAGACAGGGCGGCCCAUGGAGCACCAGAUCCUCGACAUGCUCGCCAUGCAGGUGACAUGCUCGCCAUGCAGGAUGGGUGGUAUGUGCAGCACAUGUGCGCAUGGAUGGGUGGUAUGUGCAGCACAUGUGCGCAUGGAUGGGUGGUAUGUGCAGCACAUGUGCGCAUGGAUGGGUGGUAUGUGCAGCACAUGUGCGCAUGGAUGGCUCUCAUCCUCUCAUCUUCAACUCUUCCACGCCACUCCUCCCUUUCUCUUCCACGCCACGCCCCCCCACCAGACCCAGCGCGAGUACAACGCCAUGUGUGGGAGGGACGUGCGCCUGCAGAAGGACCCGCUCGCCAUCCGCAUGGACAAGAAGCAGUGCAAGCGCGGUGAGCAGCGGUGCAGUGCGUGUGGGGCGGUGACCCACUGUACCCUACAGACCAGCCUCCUACCGGAUCUGCCUGCUGUGCUCUUCUCACUCACCGCCCCGCCCCACCUCCGUGCAUGCAGUGUGGGGCGGCUUUCUAGUGUACCCAACAUGUGGGGCGGCGACCCAGUCUACCCAACAGUGAACUACGAGCAGGCGCCCGACCACGUGGUGGACUACCGCGGACCCAAUUUCCACGAGCCCAGCGAGGACCCUUUCAAUGUCGUGCGCCAGGUCAGCAGGAGAUGGUGCGCUGCAUGGUUGGCGGGGGGUAGAGGUAGGGAAGAUGAGCAGGCGUGUGUGCAGGUGAGCCCAGCGAAGACCCCUUCAACGUCGUUCGCCAGGUCAGCAGCACGGCAGGGCUGGAGAUGCAGGUGGGGGGGACGGGCAGCAAGGCAGGGGGUUGGUGACGCAGCAAGGCAGGGGGGUGGUGACGCAGCAAGGCAGGGGGGUGGUGACGCAGCAAGGCAGGGGGGUGGUGACGCAGCAAGGCAGGGGGGUGGUGACGCAGCAGUACAGGGAGGCCCUCAUGCCAUUCCAAUCAUCCAAUGCUCCGUGGAAGGCCGUCCCUCCCUGUUGGCUGGGGAGCACAUGUGGUCCGUGUUACCUCCCUUCCCCCUCUUCCCUCCCACUGUCUCGCCCAUGGCAGCAAGGCAGGGUGGUGACCCGGGUGGGGAGCAGGCGGGGGUCGUCAUGGCACUUAAAAGCGUCCCCCGACUUGAACCCCCCAUUUCAAUGUUCUCCCCUCUCCGCCUCUCUCUCUGCCCCACCCCGCGACAGCAAGGCAGGGUGCAAGGCAGGGUGGUGACGCAGGAGCAGAUGGAGGCCAUCAUGGCACGCGAGCAGGAGGAGGAGGAGGCGGUGAGUGCUGUUUCCGUGCUGCCUCUGAGCUUUGAGUGGAACGGGGGGUGUGGGAGGAAGAGGGUGUGGUGUGCUUUCCUGCAAGAGCUGGAGGAGACUGGGGAAGACGCCGUUGACAUUGGCGAGGAGGAGGAUGAAGAGGAGGAGGAAGAGGAAGAGGAAGAAGAGGAGGACGAGGAGGAAGAGGACGAGAUAUCGGAGGACGAGGAUUCGGACGAGGGCCAGCCAGCACAGGCGUCGUCGCACGGGCAUGCGGUGCGGGAGGGGCGGGGGAGGCGGCCAGCGGAGAUCCUGGAGGAGGACGAGCAGACGGGCAUGCAGUGGGUGGCCGUGCCCACACGCAUGGAGGGCACCCCGGGGCGACUUGCUUAUGAGGAGGACAGUGAGGGGAUGAGCGAGGAGGAUGAGAGUGGGGAUGCUGCUGCUGGUGCUGGUGGUGCUUCUAGAGGCGGCAUUUAA